AUGGCCCGAAGAUCCGUACCAAUCCUCCGCCACCUUCUCACCAAACCAACCACCCCAACCCUCGCCUCAGCCAACCCGACACGAUCCGUCACCUACAUGCCCCGACCCGGAGACGGCACCCCCCGCGCCGUAACCCUAAUCCCCGGCGAUGGCAUCGGCCCCCUGGUGACCAACGCCGUCGAGCAGGUCAUGGACGCAAUGCACGCGCCGGUAUACUUCGAGACCUUCGAAGUCCACGGCGACAUGCCGAAGGUUCCAGACGAGGUGAUCGAGUCGAUCAAGAAGAACAAGGUGUGCUUGAAGGGAGGGCUCGCGACGCCCAUGGGCGGCGGCGUGAGCUCGCUCAAUUUGCAGCUGAGGAGAGAGCUCGAUCUCUACGCUUCGCUCGUCAACUGCGUCAAUCUGCCGGGCCUCGUCACCAAGCAUGAGAACGUCGACAUUGUCGUGAUUAGGGAGAAUACGGAGGGCGAGUACUCGGGGCUCGAGCAUGAGGUUGUUCCUGGCGUCGUUGAAAGCCUUAAGGUGAUCACAAAGUUCUGUUCAGAGCGCAUUGCUAAAUAUGCUUUUGAGUACGCUUACCUAAACAACAGAAAGAAGGUGACUGCUGUGCACAAAGCAAACAUUAUGAAGCUUGGAGAUGGCCUGUUCUUAGAAUCUUGUCGUGAGGUGGCCACAAAGUAUCCUGGGAUCGACUACAAGGAAAUAAUUGUGGACAACUGCUGCAUGCAACUUGUUUCGAAGCCUGAGCAAUUUGAUGUCAUGGUUACACCAAAUCUUUAUGGUAAUCUAGUUGCAAAUACAGCGGCUGGUAUUGCUGGAGGCACUGGUGUCAUGCCAGGAGGCAAUGUUGGGGCUGAUCAUGCUAUUUUCGAGCAAGGCGCUUCUGCAGGGAACGUGGGAAAUCAGAAAAUAUUGGAGAAAAAGAAAGCAAACCCUGUGGCCCUGCUUCUCUCAUCCGCCAUGAUGUUGAGACAUCUGCAGUUUCCUUCCUUUGCUGAUCGACUAGAAACUGCCGUGGCGCGAGUAAUAUUAGAGGGUAAAUGCAGGACAAAAGACCUCGGAGGACAAAGCACCACCCAAGAGGUUGUUGAUGGAGUCAUUGCUGCCUUAGAAUGA